UGCACGAUUCCAACAUGGCUUCGAACGUCAGGGCAGUGAAGAAUUUGGUCAGUCUGGUUACUGGAGGUGCCUCUGGUCUCGGACGAGGAACUGUAGAACGGUUCAUAAAGCAAGGUGCAAAGGUCGUUAUAGUGGACUUGCCAUCAUCUGAUGGUGCUAAUGUGGCAAAGUCACUGGGUGAAAACUGUAAAUUUGCACCAGCAGAUGUGACAUCAGAAUCUGACAUACAGAAUGCCAUUUCACUAGCAACUUCAUCAUUCGGCCGCCUGGAUGUGGCAGUUAACUGUGCUGGAAUUGGAGUAGCUUUCAAGACUUACAAUUUUAACAAAGACAAGCCACAUUCGUUGGAAGAUUUCAAGAAAGUCAUAAUUGUAAAUACAUGCGGUAGCUUCAAUGUUAUCAGACUGGCUGCUGGAGCUAUGGGCAAGAAUGAGCCAGAUGUUGAUGGGCAGCGUGGAGUUAUCAUAAAUACUGCCAGUAUCGCUGCAUUUGAGGGACAGAUGGGUCAAGCAGCCUACUCUGCCUCCAAGGGUGGCAUAGUGGGUAUGACGUUACCAAUCGCCAGGGAUUUGGCUUCACAAGGAAUCAGAGUUAAUACUAUUGCACCAGGUCUGUAUAACACUCCACUGCUUGCCAGCUUACCUGAAAAAGUUAUCAACUUCCUGGGACGCCAAGUCCCCUUUCCUCAACGCCUUGGUCAUCCAGAUGAGUACGCACAUCUGGUUCAGUUUAUCGUGGAAAAUCCUAUGAUGAAUGCUGAAGUUGUUCGAUUGGAUGGAGGUAUCAGAAUGCAACCUUGAGUGUGAAAGUCCCCAUCCAGCAUUUAUGAAUUAAAACAAUAAUGGUGAUCCCGUUCCAAUAACCAGGAGUUGAAAUUAGUGUGGUUUUCCCAUCUUUGGUAUCAUAAUAAAAAAUAAUUUAGUAAUUGUGAAUAAAA